CUGUUUCAGCAGUACUUCAGGAUGACCAAAGACGCAUUCGACGAGUUGCUCGGAAAAGUCGGUCCACUGAUUGCAAAGGCAGACACCCGUAUGCGUUUGUCAAUCGGACCCGCCGAGCGACUCGCCAUCUGCCUACGGUACCUGGCAACCGGUGACUCGUACAGGACCAUAGCAUUCAGCUAUCGGGUCGGGCAUGCAACAGUGGCUGUCAUCGUCAAGGAGGUUGCGGGUGCCAUCUGGACCGCGCUGGUCGAGGAGACCAUGCCGGUACCACAGACGGAGGACUGGAGAGCCAUCGCUGCUGGGUUCCAGGAGCGCUGGAACUUUCCAAAUUGCGUUGGUGCCAUUGAUGGGAAGCACGUGGUGAUCCAGGCUCCGGCAAAUUCUGGGUCCCUCUACUUCAACUACAAGUCCAGCCACUCCUUGGUACUGCUGGCUGUCGUGGAUGCUGAGUACCUCUUCAGGGUAGUGGAUGUCGGAGGUUUUGGAAGGAGCAGCGACGGUGGGAGCCUGCGGAAUUCCGCUUUUGGAGAGAGCCUCAGAGAUGGCAGUCUGCAGCUACCACCUGAUACCGUCAUCCCAGGAGCAGAGCGGCUGGGCCUUCUUCCCCAUGUGUUUGUUGGAGAUGAGGCUUUUCCGCUGCUGGACAACCUGCUGCGUCCGUUCCCUGGACGUCAGCUCACGCGUGAAAGGAGGCUGUUCAACUACCGCCUCAGCCGGGCCAGGUUGGUGGUUGAAUGUGCGUUUGGCAUCCUCUCAUCUCAGUGGAGAAUGUUCCGGCGUGUCAUCACCACCAGCCCGGAGGUAACAGAGUUGUGUGUGAAGGCCACCUGUGUGUUGCACAACUUCCUCCGCAGGAAGACAAUAGGAAGGUCAUCACACACACCUGUCGUCCCUGUCGUCGCAGAGUCGAGUGAUGAAGCUCCAACCCUGCGCGAUGCACCUAUGAUGGGCUCAAACAACGCCACACGCCGAUCCAUCCAACUGCGGGAGACCUUCUGCUCCUAUUUGAAUGAGGAGGGUGUAGUGUCAUGGCAGCAUAAAGUGGUGUAGGGUCACCAUGGCUCCUCCAAACCAAAAGCUCUUUUAAGA